GUUCUCUCCGAAGGUAAGUUUCUAGAGCAGUAAGUUAUCGAUGUCAAGAGACCUACAGGGAAGUCAACUAGCAGCCUACUGCCAGCCUGCCCUCUCCCGCGAACAAGAAGAUGUUCCCCAGAUGCCAUAGUGAAGCUCGUGAUGGGCCGUGCUAAGGCAGGAUGUCAGGUCUUCUGAAAACCAGGCCGACUUCACUCUGACCAAAGGCAGCCCAAACCUCAGCAUCUGGGUUGGUCCCCCCUCCUCCCCACCUCCCAGCGCCUCCUCCUUGGGUCUCAGUCUCUCCCUCUCUGCCUGCCCCUGCCUGCCCCCUCUGGUCUGUAAGCGCUCGGGAUGGCACCUCUGUGGGGCCCUGCGUCCGGCUCCGUCUGCUGACGACGGCCAUGUCUCAGCCCGAGGGCGGAGCGGAGCUGGGCCAGGGUGGGAGCGGCGGGUUCGUGGUGGGCUCCGAGGACAUGGAGGACGGAGGGGUGAGGAACAACAUGGGGCUGUACGACGAUGAAGACGACGAUGACGAGUCGCUGUCUGAGAGGCAGAUUGUGGUUGGCAUCUGCGCCAUGAUGAAGAAGUCCACGUCCAAGCCCAUGACUCAGAUCAUGGAGCGGCUCUGCAAGUUUGAGUACAUCACCGUGGAGAUCUUCCCCGAGGAGGUCAUCCUCAACGAGCCUGUGGAGAAGUGGCCUCUCUGUGACUGCCUCAUCUCUUUUCACUCCAAAGGAUUCCCACUGGACAAAGCUGUGAGUUAUGCCAAAUUGAGAAAUCCUCUUCUCAUCAAUGAUCUCAACAUGCAGUACUUCAUACAAGACAGGCGGGAGGUGUACCGGAUCCUGCUUGAAGAGGGGAUUGACCUGCCACGCUAUGUGGUGUUAAACAGAGACCCCGACAGACCAGAAGAAUGUAACCUGCUGGAGGGGGAGGACCAGGUGGAGGUGAAUGGAGAGGUGUUCCCCAAGCCCUUUGUGGAGAAGCCUGUCUCCGCGGAGGACCACAACGUUUACAUCUACUACCCUACCUCAGCCGGUGGGGGCAGCCAGCGCCUCUUCAGAAAGAUCGGGAGCCGCAGCAGCGUGUAUUCCCCCGAGAGCACUGUGAGGAAGACUGGCUCGUACAUUUACGAGGAGUUCAUGCCUACUGAUGGCACAGACGUCAAGGUGUACACUGUGGGUCCAGAUUAUGCCCAUGCUGAGGCUCGUAAGUCCCCAGCCCUGGAUGGAAAGGUGGAGAGAGACAGUGAGGGAAAGGAGAUUCGCUACCCUGUCAUGCUUACUGCCAUGGAGAAGCUGGUGGCUCGCAAAGUGUCCCUUGCCUUCAAACAAACGGUGUGCGGUUUCGACCUCCUCAGAGCCAAUGGCCACUCCUUUGUGUGCGAUGUCAAUGGGUUCAGCUUUGUAAAGAACUCCAUGAAGUACUACGAUGAUUGUGCCAAAGUUCUUGGAAACAUGAUCAUGCGGGAGCUGGCCCCUCAGUUUCACAUCCCCUGGUCAAUCCCGAUGGAGGCUGAGGACAUCCCCAUAGUCCCCACUACCUCAGGAACCAUGAUGGAGCUGCGCUGUGUCAUAGCCGUUAUCCGUCAUGGAGACCGCACACCCAAACAGAAGAUGAAGAUGGAGGUGCGGAACGCCCUGUUCUUUGACCUUUUUGAGAAGUAUGGUGGGUACAAGUCUGGAAAGCUGAAAUUGAAAAAGCCAAAACAACUUCAGGAAGUGCUGGAUAUUGCCCGUCAGCUCUUGGUGGAGCUUAGACAGCACAAUGAUUGUGAGAUCGAGGAGAAGAAGUCCAAACUGGAGCAGCUCAAGACCGUGCUGGAGAUGUAUGGCCAUUUCUCAGGGAUCAACAGGAAGGUGCAGCUGACGUAUCUGCCCAACGGUCAGCUCAAAGCCUCCAGUGAGGAAGAGGACUCUCAGAGAGAGGGUCCGUCCCUGCUGCUGGUGCUGAAGUGGGGAGGCGAACUGACCCCUGCGGGCAGGGUGCAGGCUGAGGAGCUGGGCAGGGCCUUCCGCUGCAUGUACCCCGGAGGACAAGGUGACUACGCUGGCUUCCCUGGCUGCGGCCUGCUGCGACUCCACAGCACAUACCGCCACGACCUCAAGAUCUACGCCUCGGACGAGGGCCGCGUGCAGAUGACCGCCGCAGCGUUUGCCAAGGGUCUGCUGGCACUCGAGGGCGAACUGACCCCCAUCCUGGUGCAGAUGGUGAAGAGUGCCAACAUGAACGGCCUGCUGGACAGCGACAGCGACUCGCUGACCGACUGCCAGCAGCGCGUCAAAGCCCACCUGCAUGAGAUCAUGCAGCGGGAGCGGGACUUCACUGAGGAGGACUACGAGAAGCUGGCUCCUACUGGCAGCCCCUCCCUCAUCAACUCCAUGAAGAUCAUCGGCAACCCAGUGAAGACCUGUGACCUGGUCUACGCCUUAAUCCAGAGUCUCACGCGCCAAAUCCGUAGGAAACUGGAGGACCCCAAAUCUGCAAACCUGCAGCUGUACCACAGCGAGACUCUGGAGCUGAUGCUGCAGCGCUGGUCCAAGCUGGAGCGCGACUUCCGCACCAAGAGCGGCCGCUACGACAUCAGCAAGAUCCCCGACAUCUACGACUGCAUCAAGUACGACACGCAGCACAACGCCUCUCUGGCCCUGGAGGACACGCUGGAGCUCUUCCAGUUGUCCAAGGCCCUGGCGGACAUCAUCAUCCCCCAGGAGUAUGGCAUCAGCAAGCCAGAAAAGCUGGACAUUGCCAACGCCUACUGCCUGCCCCUUACUAAGAAGAUCCAGCUGGAUCUGCAGAGGACCCACGAGGACGAGGCUGUAAACAAGCUUCACCCACUGUACUCCCGGGGCGUGAUGUCUCCGGGUCGGCAUGUCCGGACCCGGCUCUACUUCACCAGCGAGAGUCACGUCCACUCCCUGCUCAACAUCUUCCGCUACGGUGGCCUGCUGAGCGAGGAGAAGGAUGAGCAGUGGAGGCAGGCCAUGGAUUACCUCAGCGCUGUUUCUGAGCUCAAUUACAUGACUCAAAUAGUCAUAAUGCUGUACGAAGACAACAACAAGGAUCCAUCCUCUGAGGAGCGCUUCCAUGUUGAGCUGCACUUCAGCCCUGGAGUGAAGGGAGGAGAGGACGACGAGAACGCCCCCUUGGGCUUUGGCUUCCGUCCAGCCUCAUCUGAGAAUCACGAGAAGCAGACGGACCCAGGGAGCUUGGAGGACCUGUCCCAGGAUGAGCCGGACCGGGCAGCGCUCUCCGACCCCAUCAGCAUCCUGAAGAAGUCUCAGCUGAUUCGGAGCAGGAAGACUGGCUCCAUGGAGGUUCUGUCGGAGAGCUCGUCCACCUCCUCGCGGGGCUCGGCCUACCGCCUGUUCCCCUCCUGCUCCCGCCAGUCCCCUGAGAUCAAGACCAGUGGCCUGGGGAGUCUGGUCUCGGGCCUCUUCAGUGCCGCGGGCCUGGGUGCCUCCUGCAGCGCCCCCAACCUCAGCGACCUUGGCCACGGGCUCCGGAGCCCCCGAGCAGAUGAGUUGUUCUCUAUGCCGGCAGUAAAGAGAUUUUCUGUGUCAUAUGCCAGGCAUCCGACUAACGGGUUCGAGGGCUGCUCCAUGGUGCCGUCCAUCUACCCGCUGGAGACACUCCACAACUCGCUCUCGCUCAAGCAGGUGGACGAGUUCCUCACGGCCGUCUGUGAGGACGUAGGCGACACCCACUCCAAGACUCUCAAAGCUCUCUCCGCCCUGUUUGAGUCCCAGUCCCACUCCAUGGACGUCUACUCCCAGUCGGCGAAGACCUCGCCGGCACCCCCCGACCCUCCGCAUUCGCCGCAGCCCCACCCAGAGGGUCCCCACUGCUGUAAGGGUUAUGCCCAUCACACACACUGCUAUAUCAGUAGCCCCUCCAGCACGAUGUCCAGUCCAGGGCCCCCCUCCCCUCUGUUGGACCCUUUGUGUGACUGAGUGAGUGAGAGAGACCAGACCUCUCGCCCAGUAGACAUUCAACUGGGACAUCUCGGAGCACCUCCAUAUCCAGGGACCGGCUGAUCAUACGCACACACACCACCCCUCCACACACACACCUGUCUCCUGACUGAGCCAGGGCUCUGGAUAUAUGGGGACGAGGUUAGCUGCUGGGCUGGGAGGCAUCCUUCCCCUCGCAAGUGACUGGCCAGUUGGAGCACAUGCAGUACUUUUGAAAUGCUCCGUGGUGAAGCAGGGUAAAGCAGGAGGGAGGCCAGUCCCCCGGUCAGCAUGCAGCUCCGUGGAGCGCUAGACACCAUGUCCUUCUCUUUAGCCAGCAUCUGGAGCAAGUCCUCAUCAUAGUCGAGAGACCCAUUCAACACGAGACCGGUUGUUUACCUUUAUUUCUUUGCAUUUUUGGCUAAUUUGAUGUGGAUUUUUUAAGAAGGGAUUAAUAGAAUUCUAAACCUAUCAGUAUAAAGAAAUACUUGGUAAUAUAUUUUCAUAGGAAUAUUGUGAUUCCAUCAGUGCCUUGUUUAGCUUUUCCCAAACUAUUUUUGUACAGUUUUUUUUUUAAUCCAAAAAGAACAACCACUCCAGUAAAAGUCAACUGUUUUUGGGAUGCACAAAUGUUCCUUUGUGGAUGAAUGUUGUCAAACUACUGUCUUGCCAAAGUUUUGCACCAGUGUGUCAAAUUUAAACUCACAAGACAUCAAGCAAGUUAUACUGUAUAAUUACAGAGGUUGACCUUUAGAUGCUAUAGAGAAUUUGAGUACUUUCAUUUCAUUGCAUAGACAUUCAGUCUUGUCAGUUUCUAACAUUUUUUCCGUUAUAUUCAUUUGUUGAGUAUUUUUGAAUAAUAAUCAUUGUCGUAUCAAGUGGGAGUCCAAGUCCAGACUCACCUAGCCUGAUGUUCUUUGUUUCAGUAUUCUACAACAAAUUGAUGUGGUAAAGAUGUACAAUACUAGGGGUAGUUAAUUUUACAUUUAUUCAAUGGACUAGAACAUUUUAAUUAUUGUUUUAAAUGUGUGGAUAAUGUGUGUAUGGAUGUAUGGAUGUUUAAACUCUGGGUUUGCUUUAUUUAUGAGAUUAUUUAAAUUCACAUGUGAUUGUGAUGCUGCUUUAGAUGUUUACUGUAAAUAUUUACAUUGCAUCUAAAAUCCAAAUAAAUCUCCCUUUCUGUUGUUA